CCGGCGUGUGUCCGCAAAGACCACAAGACUCCCCACAGCCAGUCAGCCACACUACAGCCAAGCUGGGAGCCGAAGCCAGCUUCAGCAGUGGCGCUCCCUCCAAACCGCCGCCGGCCGGCCGGCUGACCAUGAUCCUUAACGCCCCCCUCCACCUUCACCGCCCGUGCUCCCCGGCUUCCCGCCAACCCAAACCGUCCGUUUCCAGCCCGACCCUCAUCGCCCUUCCACGCGGGCUGCUAUCUCGCCGCGCCUGCGCCCACUCGUCUCUACGGCACGUCGCGUCACCGGCGGAGGAGGAAGUGCCAGGGGAUGGGAAGGGCGGCGAGGAGGAUGAGAACCUUGGCCCCGCGUCGGCGGCGGCAGUGGCGGCUGCCAUCCGCCGGGCUUCGAACGCGUCGCCCGUGCGGUUCAGGCGCAUGCGGCUCGGGGAGACGGGGGAGGUGCCGCGCGGCGAGGACGGCGGCCUGGCGGAACCGAGCGCGGACUUCCGACGGCUCUGUGCGGAGCAGCUCGAGAUGUUCCGAGUGGUCGUGUCACGCGAUGCCGUACUCUCUGUAUAUGUGAGACCUGCUGGCAGUUAUAUUAUGGAUCAGCUGGAACUACGCCGAGUUGCUUUAUAUCCUGGAAUUAAUAAUGUUCCUGAAAGAGAUACCGUUGUCCUAGUUGGUAAUUUUUCUAUAUCAGCUGGACUAAGAGCGGCAGAAGCUUCUCUAGUAAAACAACAGAUGGAAGUCAUAACAGAAUUUGGAGCUAUAGUUCUUCCGAUGGUGAAACAUCCCUUUGUUGUUGGCUUCCUUGUUGCAGAGCUUCCAGAACUACAUGGUGGCCGUGCCAUUAAUCCUCAUACUGCUGAUAUUCAGUUACCAUCAAGUGCAUUCAUGGACAAGUCAUCUGAGAUAACUGCACAUACUAAAUUUAAAGCAUGGGAUGUUCAAACUUCUGGUGAUCAGUCAAAUAAUUAUUCUCAGCUUGUAAAUGAAUGGAAGAAUACCGCUUUUAUGAUUUCUCGAACUUUGGCAAUGGCUUAUGUUAUGGAUCAGAAAGCAUAUAUGCUUCAACAAACUUCCUGGCAAAACAAUAUCAGAAUGAGUGGCUUAGUAGAACAGAUUCGAGGGCCCCUCUCUAAUAUACGAGCUCUUGCAAAGAUGCUAUCUGUUCAUUUGAAGAGAACUGAGAUUCCUUAUGAUAUUAUUGAAGAUAUUCUCAUCCAAGGUGAUCACUUGAAAGAUGCUUUGCAACAAAUUCAAGAUGCUGUAUAUCUGACUAAGGCAAACAUAGUCAGAAGCAGUGAGGAAUCUUCAAAGAAAAUUCUGGGGUCACCACAUCCUUCAAGAGCUUUAUCAGAUUAUGGGUCACUACAUGGCAAUGAUUCACAAGAGGUAGAUCCAGUGUUGGCUCUGAAUUCUGAUGAGGACGAUAUGGUGAUGCCUAUGCCACCUCUAUUGCUGGCACCUCUUCAACAUCAAGAUGCUAGACCAUGUGAUCUCUGCGAUGUGCUGAAAGAUUUAGUUUCAGGAGCAUUACCACUUGCUUAUAAGCAGCAACGCACAUUAGAUAUAACCGGAAUUUCAAAUCCACUUCAUGUUGCUGUUGAGGAAUCUGCUUUAAGACAAGCCUUCAGUAAUCUGAUAGAGGGAGCUCUUCUACGGACGCAGCAUGGUGGAAGAGUUCAAAUAUAUGCAGGUGAAGCACCCGCAGGAGGUACUCUCGUGGUCAUUGAUGAUGAUGGGCCUGACAUGCAAUACAUGACUCAGAUGCGCUCCCUGGCCCCAUUUGGAUCAGACCUUCUCGCGGAUGAUAUGCUUGAAGAUAACAUGACGUGGAACUUCAUUGCAGGAUUUACUGUUGCGCGUGAGAUACUUGAGAAUUAUGGAUGUGUUUUGCGUGUGAUAUCACCUCGAAGGCCUGAUGCAGUUAUAGGGACUGGAGGGAGUCGUAUUGAGAUAUGGUUACCAUCUUUUCAGACAGAAGUAGCUGAUAUUUGAGGAACUUAGGUCACUUGCUUGAUAUGAUGCUGGUGUUGUAUUGUUAUGCCUUAUCUUCUGUGAAUAUGUUGUUAACACUCAACAGUGAUUCAGCCCACGUUGUAUGUGAACAUUAAAUAUUAUCUGGCGCGGAUCAGGCUUGACCGCCAGAUCCAUCCAGUGGAUAGAAGGCUUUGGGGGACUCGAAGAUUUCGCUUCUGCAUACCUGCCCGGCCAUAUUCCGAUGUGAACAAGUCAUCGCCACACCAUCCAGUGUGUAACGAUGUUCAUGAGGUGGGCAAAACUUGGAUUUCAAUAUCCCAACAUGUACAAUAAGGAGGUUGGCCGAAUAUCUGGUGUUGAAGACGUGAUAAAGGUGGAGUAUAUGCGUUGGAGAAUUGAUAUUUUGCAUAAAGACUCAACAGAAUAUUCAGUGUUAAGACUCAGGAUAGGCAAAGGUCUUUCAAGUCCCACAAGUUCAAUACUACGUUGAUACAUCUUAUGAUGCCAAGAGGACUUGGGAAACAUGGUACUGCGUAAUGAUUCAACGACAUUCUGACGCUUACAAGAGAAUUGUUGGGGUGCUCCUUAGGCCAUCACCUAAGGCUAGGAAUCUCCUUUGUGUAAAAGAGGUAAAGUUUUGGGGUCUAAGAGUUUGUUUACGAGGUUGCAGUGUUCAGAGAUCUACUUGUUAGCUCUAGGGACUUUUUUUAAAUUAUAAGGACCUAUUUGUAAUAUUUGAUCCCACAAUAGAAUAAAUAUAAGCAACCGCCUCCUUCUCACUCUAAA